UCCACACUACACUCUACUCUCACACCAAAAUAAAAAGAAAAAACAUUGCUAAUCAAUAUCUUCUUGUGAUCAUCACAAAAACACAUUGAUCCAAGGCCACUUAAAAUCUCUUUCACCAUGAAGAUAAAGAUAAUGAGCAAAACACAUGUGAAACCAACAAAACCAGUACUAGGGAAGAAACAAUUCCAACUCACCACAUUUGAUCUUCCUUACCUUGCUUUCUACUACAACCAGAAGUUUCUGCUCUACAAGUUCCAGAACCUUCUAGAUCUUGAGGAACCCACAUUCCAAAACGACGUCGUGGAGAAGCUCAAAGAUGGUUUGGGUUUGGUUCUUGAAGACUUCUAUCAACUCGCCGGUAAGCUAGCCAAGGACGACGAAGGAGUCUUCCGUGUUGAGUACGACGCCGACGACGCAGAGAUCAACGGCGUAGAGUUCUCAGUUGCUCAUGCUGCUGACGUUACCGUCGAUGAUCUAACGGCUGAGGACGGGACGGCUAAGUUCAAGGAGUUGGUUCCUUACAAUGGGAUCUUGAACUUGGAAGGACUUACCAGACCUCUACUUGCUGUCCAGGUGACCAAGCUAAAAGAUGGGCUUGCAAUGGGCCUAGCUUUCAAUCACGCAGUCUUAGACGGGACUUCCACGUGGCAUUUCAUGAGCUCAUGGGCCGAGAUCUGCCGUGGAGCCCAAUCUAUCUCGACCCAACCAUUCCUUGACCGAUCGAAGGCGCGUGACACGCGCGUGAAGCUCGACCUUACCGCUCCUAAGGACCCCAACGAGACCUCCAACGGCGAAGAUGCCGCCAAUCCCACGGCGGUACCGCCGCAGCUUGUUGAGAAGAUCUUCAGGUUCUCGGACUCUGCUGUCCACACGAUCAAGUCAAGAGCCAAUUCAGUAAUCCCAUCCGACGGUUCAAAACCAUUCUCCACUUUCCAAUCACUCACAUCACACAUCUGGCGCCACGUCACCUUAGCGCGUGGACUCAAACCCGAGGACAUAACGAUCUUCACCGUCUUCGCCGAUUGCCGCCGCCGCGUUGAUCCUCCAAUGCCGGAAGAAUAUUUCGGAAACUUAAUUCAGGCGAUCUUCACCGGAACCGCGGCGGGGCUACUAGCGGCGCACGGACCGGAAUUCGGAGCUUCGGUGAUCCAAAAAGCGAUCGCGGCACACGACGCGCGUGCAAUCGACGCGCGUAACGACGAGUGGGAGAAAUCGCCGAAGAUUUUUCAGUUCAAAGACGCCGGAGUGAAUUGUGUUGCGGUGGGAAGCUCGCCGAGGUUUCAGGUUUACGAGGUGGAAUUCGGUUGGGGUAAACCGGAAAUUGUGAGGAGCGGGUCGAAUAACCGGUUUAAUGGGAUGAUGUAUCUGUACCAAGGUAAAGCUGGAGGGAUUAGUAUUGAUGUGGAGAUUACUCUUGAAGCUUCCGUUAUGGAGAAGCUUGAGAAGAGCAAAGAGUUUUUACUUAGUGAGGAGGAAGAAGAAGAUGAUGUUAAGAAGCUCACCAAUGGUAAUGGCCAUGUCAAUGGUAAUGGCCAUGUCAAUGGCAAUGGAAACGGAAGGUCACGCGAGUUACAUCAAUGGCGGAAUCUGAAUCUUCUUCUCCAAAACGGCUCUGCUUUUACUGAAUCGUUCUCCUCUGUUGUUGCUACUGCAAAAGAUCUGUGUCCUGAAGAUGAAAGAAAGAGGAAGACUUUCACAGUCUCUUACCUUAUUGAUUCAUUAGGGUUAACUACAAAACUCGCUGAAUCAAUCUCAAUGAAAGCUAAUUUCGAUGAAAAAGGUAAUCCAGAUUCAGUCUUGAAGCUUCUAAGAAGCUACGGAUUCAAAGAUUCUCAAAUCUCAAGUAUCAUUGCUACUUACCCACGAUUUCUUGUUGAGAGUCCUGAGAAAUCUCUUCGUGCUAAGCUUCAUUUCUUGAAGCUAAAUGGAGCUUCAAGCUCUGAGCUUACUGAGAUUGUUUCGAAAGUUCCUAAAAUCUUGGGGAAGAGAGGAGGUAAAUGGAUUAUUCAUUACUAUGAUUAUGUCAAAGAGAUCUUGCAAGAUCAAGAUACGAGUUCUUCUUCCAAGAGAAAGCAGACGAAUCGAAAUCGAAAUGUAUCGGUUUUGAGAGAAUUGGGAGUGCCUCAGAGACUGUUAUUGAACUUGUUGAUAUCUAGAGCUAAACCAGUUUGUGGGAAAGAAAGAUUUGAGGAAUCGGUUAAGAAGAUUGUUGAGAUGGGGUUUGAUCCGAAAAGUCCAAAGUUUGUCAAUGCUUUGUAUGUUUUCUAUGAGCUUAGUGAUAAGACGAUAGAGGAGAAAGUGAAUGCUUAUAAAAGGUUAGGACUUUCUUUGGAUGAAGUUUGGGCAGUUUUCAAGAAAUGGCCUUUCUCUUUGAAAUACUCGGAGAAGAAGAUUAUUCAGACGUUUGAGACUUUGAAACGGGUUGGUCUAACGGGUGACGAGGUAUGCUUAAUGGUUAAGAGGUACCCUGAAUGUGUAGGGACUUCAGAGGAGAAGAUAGUGAAGUCAGUUGAAACUUUUCUUGAGUUAGGAUUCACGAAAGACGAGUUUGUGAUGAUCAUCAAGCGACAUCCUCAGUGUAUUGGAUUAGCUGCGGAUUCAGUGAAGAAGAAGACCGAGUUUCUUGUGAAGACGAUGGGUUGGCCUUUAAAGGUUGUAGCUUCAACCCCUAUUGUGCUUGGAUUCAGCUUGGAGAAGUUUGUUUUACCGCGGUAAAUACGAGAGCAUGAUCUCACCGACUCUAAAACUUCUCCACCGCAAACACCACCAAAACGCGGUCUCAUCAGCCGCAAAAGACAGCUGGUGUUUCUCUCCUUCAUGAUAUUACUAGCCGCAAAAGGACUCGUCGGAAUCGGAGAGAUAGCGUUUGUAAUCUUGUGUUAUAUCUACUUGUAUGAGUUUCUCUCAAGAUUUGCCUUCCCUCGCAAGCAAACAGAGCAGAAGAAGAGACUCUCAAACCCUAAAAACAAACUCUUUCAAGCUUACUUCCUCGCCACUGCAAUCAUAGGCCUACUCUUCCCUAUUUGUUACAUCGGAGAUGGAAUAUACCGGGGAGACAUUCACGGUGCUGGAGCCGCCGCACCACAUCUAUUCCUCCUCUCAGGUCAAGCUUUCACAGAACCUAUUGGUUUCUCCGACAAGUUUUCUAUGCCAAUAGGUAUUCUUGGACCAGUCUUCUACAACGCUCGUCGCAUUUUCGCUCUUCUGGAUUGGGUUAAAGCAGAAUUCUCCGAUACUCAACGUCCUGGUGGUCCGGUGAGAUUAUACGGAGGAAGAGUGAUUGCAUCGGUUAACACAGUGAUGUGGUUUUAUAAUCUGUUUGGUCUCUUGUUGCCUGUGUUUCUUCCUCGGUCUUGUGAGAUUUACUUCUCCGGUGAUAACAAAGAUGAUUGAAUGAAUGAUUUGUAUUUGUCUCAUUUAGAAUAAAAAUGUUGAGUUGUU